CCGUCUAGCCCUUAGGAUCACUGUUGAUCCUAUCAUUGUUGUUCAUGCUACUUUAAAUACGCACGACCCAUAAUUAUAUAUUAAAGGCUAUCCCCGAGUCUAUAUCGUGUUUGUCCAAAUCUGUCUAGUCGCCUACUAGCAUCAUGCUUGGAAAUCAUUCUCGCUCUCAGGACCACCACGUUGUCCAGAUCAAGCAACCGUUCUCCAUGUCUUUGGCAUCACUUUCGUCCUCGUUGUCUUCAUCAACUGCAUCUUCCACGCUGCUGCCUGCAGGGCCUUCCUCUAGCCAAUUCAAUAUCGCAACCGAUCAGCUACUCCCUACAUCUUGUUCCUCCACGUUCAAGAGUCGUUCAGGUGGUCUUGUUUCCAACCCAGUACCUUGCUCGUUUCCCUCUGCACCUUCAAUGGGUCAGGUAAACAGCCGCCCACAGGUUGCUACGGUACUUUCACCACCGUCAUCACCAGCUCCUACUUUGCCGGGCACUAGUCUGUCAACAGGAUUCAGCCUUGCCCGUGCCUUUGGUGGACGACGUAAAAAAUCCGAGAUUCUCAAUGUCUCUUCUGGCUCAUCGCAGCAUAGUGGCAGCAGAGCGAAGGACUCCCAGAGUGGCGACGAGGAUUACCCUGGGACCCCACGCAGCGCACCAUCCCGCCCAUACGGGGCCAAACAGUUGACACUCUCCCUCGCUUCGCAUGUGUUCAGCAAGAAACAUUCAGGCUCGGCCCCCGCCUCACCUGCGGUGAGCCUUGCGCCUCCACCGCCUCCACCGAAGAUUACUGCGCCACAUCCCGUGUCACGCCUCGCACCUGUGAACACAGACAUCGACCAGCGAGUCUCGGUAAUGACUACCACGAGUCCUAUUGCGCCAGCUUUGGAUUACAUGCGCAGAACAGAUGAGGCUUCAGAAUUUGUGGCAUCCAAGGAGAAUGAAAGAAGAGAUCUCGAGAAAUCGGAUAUGAAGGAGAUCCGGAGAAAGAGCGAUUCUACGUUGAGCCAUCACACAAUCAAGCCUGGAUUUGGAACAAGAGGCCCUCGCCCAGUCUCAAUGGCAGAGUCACUGCAGUCGAAUCACACCAUCGUUCCGGUUAGCAAGCGCUUGAGUACGUUCCACGAUAAUUAUAUGCCUGAAGAAGAAGAUGAUGGUGAGAGGAUUACGGAGAAGGGAUUCCACACGCCAUUACGCUCUACGUCACCUUUCGGUCCUGGAUCACCAGCGUCAUCCAUAAAAGUGAGCCGGGACAGGCGUUCACAGUCUGUCAAUCUUGGCCCUCCCUUAACAUUGAUGACCACGGCUCCGGAUUGUACUGCAGCGACCGUUUCCAUGAGCAUGGAUACCAUUCCCGUUGUUCCCAGAUCCGUAUCAGGGGAUAAGGGAAGAUCAGUUGUUGAAUUCUCAGCCCUGCCUUCUAGCCCAAGAAGGCCAUCACCUGUCCCGUCACGCACGAAUGAUAGUUUAUUGGAUAGCCGCUCAUCUUCUCCUUUGCACCCAGAGCGCAAUUUGCCAGACAUUCCUGCACCCCACCGACGCAUUCCACUAGCGUCACCAGGAACACAUUCGCCACCAUCAUUCAGACAGACAGCUAUCAGCAUAACUGGUCUUGCCCCUGCUGCUGGCCUUGCUAGGCGUGCGGUUGAGAAGAUGGGUCGCGUCUGGGGCAAGGCCUCUUCCUCCACUUCGGGCUACCCACCACCUCCAGGCUGGGCACACAACAAUCGCUCGCCCCUCUCACGGGCUACUUCUGGUAUCGAUGAGCCACCUAUGAAGACGCACCGACACGCACCUCAUGCAUCUUCUGGAAGUUGGAGUGUCAGUUCGGCUGGCUCAUCUUCGGAUCAUGAGGGACUCUUGGCAUCAACUGUCCCUAUUCUUGGAAAGCGUCUGCGUGGUCCGGUCCGCCUGAGUCCUAGAGGUGCCGGUGUUGCUGGCGGACUUGUUUUUGGACGAGAUAUGAAGACAUGCGUAAGGGACACAGCAAUUGACUCUGUCCGCGCCGCGUUGCGUGCCAAGGAGUUCGACAGCAGCACCACACAAGAUGCAGACAGCACGCUAAGCAGUGCUCCAAGUCUUCCUUCAGCUGCGCUGGAGAGUCGCCAAUUGCCUGCGUUGGUUGUCAGGUGUGCGCAGCACAUCCUUACCUGGGGUGUACAGGAGCUUGGGUUGUUCCGUGUUAAUGGAAGGUCAUCUCAUGUCGCAAAAUUACGAUCAGAAUUUGAUACUGGUGCCGACUUCGACAUCGCUCAAUGCAGUCCUGGUGAUCUCGACCCUCAUGCCGUAGCAUCCAUCUUUAAGGCCUACCUCCGCGAACUUCCUGAACCAAUUCUAACGAAUGCUCUGUCGACUUCGUUCGAAGCUGCAAUGACAUCGGAGCGUCUCACACACAAUACGUCGGAACCUACCCCAAGUCCACGGAACAUCCACCCUGGAUUGCGCAAGCCUCCUUCGUUGUCUACUCUGGCUAUGCCAAAUUUCUCUGGAUUGCAUCCACCAUCAGAGCUACUCCGCAAGGCACUCUCUUCGCUGAUUGCCCGCCUGCCACAAGAAAAUCGUGAUCUUCUACUCACAGUCACAGAGCUGAUCAACGCGACAUCCCAACGCAGUCAAGACACGAAGAUGCCAUUGAACAAUUUGUUGCUUGUCUUGUGUCCAAGCUUGACCAUGAAUCCGUCCCUGUUGCAGGCGCUAUGUGAAAGCCAAGGUAUCUGGGAUGAAGUUCAGGAUCUGGUUGCUCCUAUCCGCCCUUCGCGGGAGAGCGUCCCGUCCCUUCACGACGUUCUAGAAGAAGAACAACUCGACAACCAAGAUGAUAGGAUAAGCCCAACGCACGACGACACCCAAUCCUGUCGGGCACUUCCAGGGGUUCCUACCGAUGACGUGGUUGAGCCACUCACUGCACCAGCGAAUACGCCUGUUGAUCUUAGCUCAUCACGGUCUUCAAUAUCGACCAGGCAGAGUCUGGAUGCUGCGGGAUCUACAUCUGACACACCAUCAUUUGCACAUACAGAUGAUAGUUCUUCGUUGUCCCAGUCCUCGCAGCGCGAGCAUCCCAUAACCCCGCCUUCAGUUAACAUCCAACUUCCAAACCCUUACUCCCUGCCGUCGCUCUCCUCCUCGACGUCGUCGUUGUCCAGUCCUUCUAUAUCGUCGAAAUCUCCCAUUCGGUCCUCCAAGCGUCUUCCAUUCCUGGAUGACAUCACUGAACCUCAAACCUCGGCCUCGCCACACACCCUAGUUAUCGCCGAUCCUACACUUAUCUCACUACCCACGUCUCGACCUGAUCAACCACAAUUCCAGUUUCCUUCCACUGGCGGAGAAUUCGCACAGCUGCACACAGUUAUGCAUCGCAAAUCAACUCCGUCUAUGUCAUUCCCUGGUGUCCAACAGGCAGAAAUCACUCGAUCCAACUCCUUUGCUUCCCGCGCAAAACGCAUGAAAAAACCAUCUCUUCACUUACUCUUUUCCAAACGCUCUGCUUCACCCGUGUCUUCACCCGUCAACUUCGCCCCAGCAUAUUCACGGAAUUCGUCGACUUCGGAGUCACCAGUGUCCAUGAUGACAGCUCAAUCUACCGGCAGAUUUAGCUUCCCUCCCGUGCUGAACACAAAAAUCGACUCGUCUUCCAUCUCACUUGCGCUAGGUAUUGAGGAGGAAGAGCAAUCGGAUAUCGCUACUUCUGUUGGGCAUGGAACUGCCAAGAACGUGCCUGCGGAGCCUCGUGAGUCGAUGGCCCUGCUGACGCCAGUAUUACCCGGUGGACUUCCAAGAUCUCCGGCGAUGAUGACCUCGCGAGCACCCUAUCGUCAUCUCGAUGUCUCCUUUCCAGACGACGAUGAAUUUAGCGAGGAUGAUUGGACGCAAAGCGUGCUGUUGGCGGGGGAUGCAGUCUGGUGAAGCGGUAAUUAAAGCUAUAAAUCAUCCACAUAUUCCAGGCAACUUCUAAUAUUUCCCUUGGACUUUUCCCAUCUGAUCUGCGGGCGGGUCUCACUUAUCAUCUCACGUCGCUCCAUAGGCUUGAUUCACUUAUAUACGCCAAUCUAGGUUGUUUCGGUUUUUGUUUUGUUUUUCGUGUUGAGGCCCAUCUACAACAAACGUGACAAGUAUACUACACGCAUACCCCUUCUUUUUCCCUACACCAUUGAUAAUCUUGGUUUAUAAAACUUUGACGUGGGUGGUCGCUUGAACUUUAUUGAUUGAUGUCAUAAGGCGUGAGGCCUAGCCUGAGUCUGCUCCACU